UAGCACAAAAAUGCUGUUGUUGCGGGAAAAGGAUGAGCUCUAAAAUCAGCCUGGAACGUUGAUGCGAAAGAAUAGUCAGAAGCACCUAGAGCCAAGAAAAGAGAGAAAAUGGUUGGAAGCGGUGUAGCAGUUCCUCCAAAUCUGAAGAAAUACGGCGUUCCUUCCUACUCAGUAGCAUGGAUCCCACCAAAUGUUAUCAAAUCAGUAUUGAAUCAAACGACUGGUGAAGCCUCUAACAACGCCGAGAGCUCCAUGCCUCUCCCACCCGAGCAGUUCGGGGAGCACUUCCUUGCGAUCACUGGUGGUGGUGGUGAAGGCAGUAGUGGUAUUCCCAAUGCCGUGUUGCUUGCACAUUUUGAUGUCGCGUCUAAUUCUCUAUCUGAUCAGCCAGUGGGUAGGCUUGGAACUGAUUCCGAGUUGCCUUAUAGAAUGGCACUUCACCCCGGUGAUGGCAUUAUUUGUGCGAUGCCAAAGGGUUGCAGAUGGUUUGAAUGGGAGCAAAACAGGAGUGCAGAAAAUCAUAAGUUACGUCUAAAGGUUUCUGAUAAAGUACUCAAUGAGUUAGAGGAUGUCGGGCAGCAGUUAGCUCUGGUGUUUGACAAUGAUGGCACUAUGCUAGCUGUUGGUGGGGAGGAUGGCAAUCUGAGGGCUUUCAAGUGGCCUAGCAUGAAAAUUAUUCUCAAUGAGACUAAGGCUUAUUCAACAGUAAAAGACUUACAUUUCAGCUCUGAUGGUAAACUGCUUGUCUCUUUAGGAAGUGGUGGCCCGUGCAGAGUUUGGGAUGUUUCCUUAUCAACGGUCCUAACUUCCAUGUCAAGUAAAAAUGGUGAGGUUUUUAGCUCUUGCAGAUUUUCUCGAUUUAGCGAUAGGACCCAUGUCUUGUAUAUUGCUGCCAUGACAGACAAAGGCGGGAGCAUUCUGACAUGGGAUGCAAAAACUGGGGCAAGGAUUGGUUCGAAGCAUAUUAUUCGUGAUGCAAUCUCUGCAUUUAAUGUCUCAACUGAUGGAAAGUUAGUUGCAUGUGGAACACCUUCAGGAGACGUUGUGAUCGUGAAUUCGACAAAUAUGCAGAUUCUGUCAAUGAUUAAAAAGGCUCACCUUGGAAUAGUAACUGCGUUAGCUUUCUCCCAUGAUUCAAGGGUGUUGGCUUCUGUAUCCUUUGAUUCAAGUGCAAGGGUUACUGUAAUUGAGGAGAAGCAGAAAAGUGGAGGAUUGAGCUUAUGGAUUGCUGUACUCAUCAUCAUACUCGCAAUAGCUGCCUACUUCCUGAGACCUCAAGGCAUUGACAAGUUGGAGUUAUCUUUUCUUCGAAAUUGACGUGUAAUGUUAGCUAAAAAGGUUUGUAAAUGUAACAGCAUGGUUUCUAUGCGUGUUUGAUUUUGGGGAUGUAGAUAUCUUUUUAAGUUCACAUCAUAUUGAGUGAUGUACUUCAGAACUCCCUUAACUUGUUUAUAGGUAAUAACAUAAUCAGAAUUAUCACUUACAAUUGUUAAA